AUGUGGUGGGUGGCGACUGAAAACUCGAUCCUGAUGUAUUGUCCACUCAGACAUUGUCGAGAGCUGCGUUAUUUCAAUUUUGCUGUUAUGAGUGGUUUGGACAAGCCGGCUCUGCGAAGGCUGCACUCAACUUGGGAGAGAGUUUCUGGGAAGUACAUUCGUAUGCUUGAAGACGUUCAACAGCUUGUUGAUCCGUUACGAAACAUCCAAAUACUUGCUGAAGUGUCACAAAACCACCAGUUCGCUCUUUGUACUGUAGUUCUUUGGAUUGUAACAACAUCUGUUCCAAAAGUUAUUGCCGUUAUUUGGGUCGUGCCAAUAUAUCCAGUAAUCAGGAAAGAUUUGACGUUUUCACAUGAAGGAAAUGAAGGAAACUUUCACAUGAAUAUCCAGCAUGGCUGCAAGGAGUGGGAACCUAAUAAGUGA